AGAGCAACAAAAGCAAUGGAGAAUUUGCUUUGUGAAGAGGUAUGGCUUUCGAGUCCUGGAACUCCUGACAUUAGCCAUGAACGUGAACAUUGCACUUUGAAGGGCUAUGCUGAUUCAUUUUACACGACAAAGGAAGAUUCUGAGCAGGCUCUUGCACUAUGCCUGGAGAAAGAGUUCAGUUACAUGCCUGAACCUGGAUAUAUAGAUUGUCUCCAAUCAAAUAAUUUGGUGUUUCUUAGGUUUAGAGUGGUUCAGUGGCUUAUUAAGACUUGUACUCGGUUAAACCUCUCGAUUGGAACCGUGUUCAAUGCGGCAAACUACCUAGAUCGUUUCCUGUCUCUUAGUCAGUGCCAUGGAUGGAAACAUUGGAUGGUUGAGUUACUAUCCAUAGCAUGUUUAUCCAUUGCCUCCAAGUUCAAUGAAACCUGCCUUCCUUCCUUGGAUGAACUCCAGAUGGAGAACUUGGAGCAUUCUUUUCGAUCAAGCACAAUCCAACAGAUGGAACUGAUGCUGUUACAGGCUUUAAAAUGGCGUAUCAGUUCUACAACAACCUAUUCCUAUAUAGAGCUGAUUACAUCAAAUAUUUUCUAUCUCAAAUGUCACCUUCAGAAGGAGUUAAUCAACCAAGUUAAUAAAACCCUUCUCAAAGCUAUAUUGGAUUUCAAGUUUCUGCAUUAUCCACCCAGCGUUGUUGCAAUAUCUGCUCUUUGUUGUAGUCUAGAAGAGUUAAAUAUUCCGUCAUCCUAUAAUGUUCAUCUCACCAAUAUCAUGAAUCUCAUAAACCAAAAUCACGAGGAUGAUAUUAGCAAGUGUCGUAGGAUAAUGAAACCAUGGUUGGUUGAUCCAUUCUACAGCUUCAAAGUUUCUGAGAACUCCCACUACAACCCUUCAAGUCCUGUGACUGUUCUGUUGAUGGAGCGGAUUGACAUCAAUGAUUGCCAAGUCGAUCUCUCACUCUUCAGGAUGCCAAGUUCAAAUGUCAACAUUCCUGAAUCAAGUGGGACUAAAAGGAAGAGAUCUGAAGAAGAGUAG